AUGUCCCGCGAGCCGAAUGAUUCGGCGGGCAUUCAAGCAAACUCAGCAAAAGCCGAAGCCGAAGCCGAAGCCGAGAACAAGACCCAAGAUCAUAGCGAAGAGAUGAACCAGGAUGUUGCGGAAAGCACAAUUAUACGGCACCCUUCUGUUAUAUCGUUAACGAGCCUUGAUAAUUUGGAUAUUAUGUUCGUCAACAGCACGUCUUUAGAAUGGAAAAGUGAGGAAGAAGCCCACGACAGCGUCUCAUUCAAGGACCACAAGACAACUCGAGUUAUCCGGAUUUUAUGGCCAUCGUUCACCGGAAUAGUGCGCAGGGCAGGCGAGUAA